AUGAACAACCUGAUGGAGGACGAUACAGAACUGGUGGGGAUGGGACUUCGUGUCUCUGUGUCCCCUGUACAAACUGCUUUUUACAUCAUCCUGGUGUUCAUGGGCAUUCUGGGUAAUGCCACUGUGGUUGGUGUGAUAGGUAAGAGUGUGCUUUUAGACCGUGGUGGGGGUCGAAACUCAGAUAUCAUCAUCAUUAACAUGGCUCUGUCCAGCCUGCUGGUGUCUGUAAUGAGGAACACUCUGCUGAUCAUCUCAGACCUGGGACUGGAGCUGUACUCGUCUAAAGAGUGGUGCCAGCUCCUCAUGGGGGUCUGGGUGUGGCUGCGAUCGGUCAAUGUGUGGUCCACACUUUUCCUCAGUGCGUUCCACCUCCAAACUCUGAGGCGUGUAGCUCCUAUUGGGAACCUUGGUGGGCUACAGGGCCCUCCGCGGACCCUGAUAGUGAGUCUGGGCCUCAUCUGGAUCCUCAACUACAUUUACUCCAUCCCUGCUCACAUAUUUUCCACUAGUGGGGAUGUGAACAGCACAGAGACCUUGAUGCUGGUGAGCAGUACAACACGCCCCCUGCUGGGCUGUGUGUGGAACUUUCCCACUGGUUACAGUGGACUGGCCUAUGCCACCACAUCCAUGGUGAUCCAUGAGACAGUUCCCAUCAUCCUCAUGGCCUUCACCAACCUGGGCUCCCUUUACACACUCUACACUCAUGGCAGGAGGCGCAGCUCGGCGCAGGACGCCCCCGUCAUAAAGCGUGUCCCAGCUGAGAGACGAGCAGCAAAGGUGAUUCUUGCCCUCAUCAUGCUCUUCAUAGUUUCUUGGGGAACCAGCAUUAUCUCUGUCAACUAUUUCAACUACAACCGUGGCUCCUCUGCAGAGUUUCUUCUGGUCAUUGCUCGUUUUGCCAACAUUAUCUUCAUCGCCCUGUCACCUGUGGUUCUGGCAGUCGGCCACCGACGGCUGCGUUCCUUCUUCAAAUCAUUUCUCCCUCACUGA